AUGUUUUGUUCUUUCCACCAGUCUGCCAGCCACAACACACGAGACUAUAGGGGGUUUGCCUCGGGCAUCCAGCUAGCCCCGAGGAACUAUCAUCGCCGAUCACCUUCGCUCGAUCAGCGGCACCCAGAUACCAGGCAGCGAACGGUUAGAUGGUCGCCCGAUCGGAAACACCAUAGUUCGCCUAGGAGUGGCGAUCGCCCCUGGGUCUCGCACGAGCGAGUUAGGCCCUCCGCUCAGGAAGAAGAAAACAGGAGCAACGCCGCUCAGGGGGAGAUCAACAUCACAACGGGAGAAUCGAUCGGCGGAGACUCCAACCGAGCACGCAAAUCACACGCCCGGUGGCUAGAGAUCCAUGCCAUCGGUUGCAGCCAGGAGAGGGCGAGCGGGCCCGAGAUCAAUUUUGGCCCCAGAGAUCUCGAGGGAGUCGAAGUGCUACACGACGAUGCCCUCAUCAUCCGAGCUGAGUUCGGUCAACAUCAUCUUCAAGAAGGCGUUCGACCAACUCCAGAUCAAUCGCACCAAGCUGCUGCCAAUGACAACCCCCAGUACGGGUACAUGGGCAACGAGGUCCAGCCACUCGGACAGAUCAAAUUGGCCGUGUCACUCGGAGAGGAGCCCCACCGGAGGACAAGAGUAACUAACUUCAUCGUGGUGGAGGCCCUCUCAGCAUAUAACGUCAUUUUGGGCCGGCCAGCCCUCAAUGAGUUUCGCGCGGUCGUCUCGACUUUUUGCCAGAAGAUCAAAUUCCCGGUCGAAGAUCGGGUAGGAGAAGUGAAGGAGGACCAGCUGACGGUUCGGCGAUGCUAA